AUGUCAACAAGCCUGCUUUGUUGCGGACCAGCAGGCGCUCAUGCCACCAAUUGGUCCAUGUUUGCCACUCUAUCAAGUCUGUAUGGGCGUGGACAACUCCAGGAUAGACUCCUCAAGUCCAAAACAACCGUUACUUACGCCUUGGGUAGUUCUUCCAAAAGGUGUUACCGCUACUAAGACAAUGCUUACAAUAAAGGAUUUAACUUUGACUUACGAUGCAAUUAACGAGGAAAGGACUUUUUCCGAGGGAGACACUUUAACGGGCACAGUGACGAUGUGUUUGAAAAAAGAUAUGAAAGUUAAAUCCUUUUUCGUCAAACUUAAAGGCGACGCAAAUGUGCGUUGGAGCCGAGGGAUUCCUAACUACUACCAAAUCACUUAUAAAGCACACGCGCGGUACUUUAAACUUAAACAUUUUUUUAUUCCUGAAAACACUAAAGACACUGAAAUCUCCAAGGGAAAUCACUCGUAUAAAUUCAGCAUCAAAAUUCCAUCCGGGAGUUUGCCCUCAUCCUUCCACGGGGCUCAUGGUAGGAUCGUCUACAGACUGGAAGCCAAGCUUUCAAGGAGCUGGAGGUUGGACAGCAAUGUAAAACAGGAGAUCAACUUUGCAUCGAAGGCCAUUUCAAGCCUCCUGAUGACCCGCCAGGUUGGCCAAGUGGAUAAAGACAUAGGAAUCUUCUCCAAAAGAUCCGUACACAUGGAGGCGUUUGUGGAGAGCGGAGUCUACGCCCCGGGUCAAACUGUGGCAGUUACUGUUAAAGUCAAAAACACAUCCUCAAAAGACAUGACCCCCAAGUUCUCUUUGAGGCAGAAUGUUACGUACCGUGUGCUAGGCUCUACAAAGUACAGUUGGAGUGAAAUCUGUAAGUUAGUUGGGGAGGUUAUUGAGAAGAAAAGUGAAAAAACAGUCUCUUGUACAUUGAAGAUCCCUCCUGACACCAUCCUAUCCAUCCAGAACUGUGAAAUCCUUUCAGUUGAACAUUAUUUGAAGGUGUACUUGGACAUCAGCUUUGCCUCAGACCCAGAGAUCAAUUUUCCACUGGUCAUUGCCCCUUCCAGCUUCAUGUUAAACCCAGGGCCCGGGGGAAUGAACCAGCCGUACCCCCCUGUAGCAUACGGGGGCCCAAGCAACAGCAACUUCCCUCCCCCCUGCUGCCUUCUUUCAGCCAGCUCUGCAUCAGCAGGCCUAUGGUCCCUCAGCAGCCUUCUGCCCCCAAGCAGCCUUCGGUCCCCAGCAGCCUUUGGCCCCCUAGCAGCCUCCGGGCCCCCAGCCUGGGGCCCGGGCUUCGGUGCUGACCCACAGCGGCCGCUGGCCCCUCCCGUAUACCCGCAGCUGCCUGGGGCUCAGCCUGCCCCGUUUCCCUCUGCGCCCGGUGCCAUGGGAGCAGCUAAUUACAAAGUCCGUGCCACAGAACAAGUCUCCAUGUGGACCCCGGCCCAGCCCUCGUCGCACGCCCCCGUGCUCCACCGUUCUCCCCCUCCGUGGGGCCCGGUUCCUCCACCGGCGGCUCCGGGGGCUCCAGCCUCUGCGCCGACGUUCGACCCCGGCCAGUACGCCCCGCCGUCGUUGGCCUCCUGCUACAACGCCCCCACGUAUAGCAUGCCGCCGCAAAUGCCGGGGAUGGGCACCAGUUUUCUAUCCCAACAAAAUGAGGAACUUCUUUCGUAUCUGUCUAUGUUCCCCCCGGCAACCAAAGAUAAACCGCCAAACUAAAUGAAUGGAAAGCGCUGAUGAUUCAUUUUCGAUCUGAUUGGUGUUUGAUAAAACAGAGUGGUCGACAGUUGAGCCGAAAUCAAGGGAUUUUCUAUCACUCAAGACAAACCUUCUCUCCCCCCCCCCCCCCAAAAAAAAAACAGCGUGAAGGCCUCAAGGAGUCCGCAAGCGAUCACAACAAGUGAACGCUAAAGUUGGUGCGGCCGUUAUAAUCGAUGAAUCUAUCAAGGUUUCCAUGCUCAGGCUUCUCAGGCUGUCUUCUGGAAGUUAGAUUGGUCUUGUCUUCUGCAGUGAUUUCCUGCAUUCCUACAUAGCGCCUCGUUAUUGGUCUUGUGCUUUGAUACCGCCAUUUUGUUUUUUUAUUGUUCGUAAAAGAAAGGAUAUGAAUGAAACAUUUAAUAUCAACAUUGAACAGUGUUUUUAUUAGAUAGUUCAGGGGAGUUUCUGUGUGUGUUAGUGUGCAUACGUGUGUGUAGUUGUGUGAGCCGGCAUGUGUUUGUCAAGGGCUGUUGAGGGUGGUUUGUUUGUGUAUGUGCAUCUAUAGUUGUGUGUAUGCGAGUAUUACUAGUAUUACUGAGACAAAAAAGGCUUCAGCCGUAGACACAGUAUAAAGGAAGUUUCGCAUAAUCUGCCGAACGCAAGGUUGCCUACGUCAAAAUAUGGCAACUUUUGCAUUCCUGCUGCAACCACUAACAGAUUGGGGUAGGGGCUCUCAAAAUAAGUGCUUUUUAAAAAAAAGCAAAAUAUAUAUAUAGAUAUAGAAUGUUAAAGAAUUCAAAAAAAUAUAUAUAUUUAAAAAUGUCAGCCAAUUUUAAAGGUCAGAUUGGUAUGAUAAUGCAAUAAUUGAUAAUUCUGGAUUAUUUAGAGAAAUAACAGCUCUGGGGUAGAAACAGUUUUUUAGCCUGUUUGUUUUUGAUCUGAUUGCCCUGUAGCGCCUCCCCGAGGUUAACAGUUCAAACAGGUUAUGGCCUGGGUGGGAUGAGUCUCUCAGGAUGCUAUGAGCUCUCCUGAGGCAGUGUCUAUUGUAGACAUCCUCAAGAGAGAGAAGAGGACAUCCAAUUACUUUUUGGGCCGUUUUUAUGACCCUCUGGAGUGCUUUCCUCUCAGCUGCAGUGCAACUUGCAAACCACAGCGAGAUGCCGUAGCUUAGGACAGUCUCAAUGGUGCACCGAUAAAAGGUCAACAGCAUUUUUUCCUGAAGAUUGUUCUUCCUGAGGAACCUUAGGAAAUACAGUCUCUGUUGGACCUUUUUCAGAAGCGCCUUGGUGUUUAUUGUCCAAGUCAGGCUUAUUCCUCCUAUAAUCAAUGAUCAGCUCUUUGGUCUUUGAGGUGUUGAGGAUGAGGUUGUUCUCCGCACACCAUGUAGAUAUUCUUUGGACCACCUCCCUAUAUGAAGUCUCAUCCCCACCUAAGAUGAGCCCCACCACUGUUGUAUCAUCCGCAAACUUAAUGAUGGUAUUGCUGGGGUGGCUGGGGAUGCAGUCAUUGGUGUAGAGAGUGUAGAGUAUGGGGCUCAGCACGCAGCCCUGUUGGGAGCAAGUGCUGAUGUGGGAGCACUCGUGUUUCAUGUAAACACAAAACAUGGGAAAGCAGGAUUUAGUGCUACAAAUAGCUGGAAUAAACUCCCUGAGGAUUUAAGAUUUGCCCCAACACAUACCACUUUUAAAACAAGACUGAAGACGUUUAUGUUUGCUUAGCUUUCUGCUUAAUCUUAAAUACAUUGCACUUUUUAAAAAAAAAAGGCCUUUUUAACUUUACCUUUUUUUUCUACACAUUGCACUUUCUAAAAUAGUUUUUUUUAAUUUAGCCUUAUCUAUUUUACAAUUUUUUUGCAUAGGUUUUUUCUCUAUUAAUAAAUUUUUAAUGAAUUGUAUUGUAUGAAAAUGUUCCUAUGUGAAGCACUUUGAGUCUGCCUUGUCUAUGAAAUGUGCUAUAGAAAUAAAGUUGCCUUGCCUUGCCUAUGUGUGUGUAUUUGGGGA